AUGGAACUUUCUGAGGCAAUCGAAAAACCACGUGUCAAUAAUGUAUUUUUACGCAAAGGUCCAAGAUUACCUCAACCAGGUGCUUUAGCUCUUAUUGGCCAUCACUUAAUUUUCUCACCGUCCGAUGCAAAGAAAAAGAAAACUUCGGAAGAAUUAUGGGUAAUCAGUUCGUUUUCUAUUUGUGCGGAAUUCGAUUUUAGCGUAUUCUGUCGGGUCGGUUGUUUUUUAAAUCUCUACAAGAUGUUUCACUGGUCUUCAGUAGUAUGGUUUACUGCAAAGAUUUUUUUAUCGUUUCUCUCAAAAACAACUCAGUGGUUUAAGCUUCUUCAUCGCGCCGUAGAUUUUGCAACAGUAGAACCAAAAAGUCGAGACAACGUUGUGAAAGGCGGGUUUCUGAUACUGAAAUGUAAAAACUUUAUGAUAUGCGAGUUCGAGAUGGAUGAUUUAGAAGAUUGCAUGGCUGUUGCUCGUUCAAUUCAACGGUUAUCAAAUCUGAAUGACCUACAGCAUGAAUAUCCUUUUUAUUACCAAUGUCCGUUUACCACUCUUGACGAUGGGUGGACUGCGUUUGACGCAGUACAAGAGUUUGCAAAACUCAUGGUACGGUGUAAUGACAAGUGGAGACUGAGUUCAGUGAACAAAAAUUACAGGGUUUGCCCGUCAUAUCCCGAAAUGGUCGUUGUACCUAAGGGUAUAGGUGAUGACUUCUUGCGCAUUUCUGCGACAUUUCGUAGCGGUGGCCGAUUUCCUGUUCUCUGCUACUAUCAUUAUGAAACUAAGUCACCAUUAGUUCGUUGCGGACAACCUCUAAUUGGUCCUACCAAUCGAAGGUGUAAGGAAGAUGAGGUGAUUAUUAACGCUUUACUUUCUUCGGGCAGCAAGGGUGUAAUUAUAGAUGUUCGUUCUAAACAACUGAGACAGAGCGCUAAAACGAGAGGAGGAGGCUGUGAACCACAAAUGUAUUAUUCUCAGUGGAAAUAUAUUCACAGCGCAGUACCAAGGAUGAAGGAGAUUCGUGACUCCCUAACGAAACUUAUUGAAAUAUGCAAUGAAACAAAUCCGACUAUGGAGCGUUGGCUGUCGAAAUUGAGUGCGUCUGGUUGGAUGCAGAGUGUUGCUGAAGCAUUGACUGCAGCAGCCACUGUGGCGCAGUGCAUUUAUUGCGACAGUUCUUCUGAAGUCCCAGUGGUGGUUCACGGUUCAGAAGGAACGGACAUAACUCUUUUGACCACUGCUCUUGCUCAAAUUCUUUUGGAUUCAGAUGCACGAACAACUAGAGGCUUUGAGGCUCUCAUUGAACGAGAAUGGAUUUGUGCUGGUCAUCCGUUCUCUCUACGUUGUGCUCAUUCGGCCUAUGCGUCUGGUGCUGUCACUGGUCCUUAUGAGUCUCCCGUUUUUCUCUUGUUUUUAGACUGCGUUUGGCAAGUUUACCAACAGUAUCCCUGCUCAUUUGAGUUUACAGAGGCCUUCCUCAUUUUCCUGUUUGAGCAUGCUUAUGCAUCUGAAUUUGGCUCUUUUCUAGGUAAUAACGAGAAGGAGAAAGCUCAGCUUAAUGUUAAAACUAGAACGGUCUCGCUUUGGUCUUACGUGAAUAAUCCCGAGAUAUUACGUACAUUCGUUAAUGCUCUUUAUGAGCCGAAUGACUCUGUGCUGUGGCCUUCAGUUGCUCCUCAAAGCCUUAUAUUUUGGGAUCGUCUAUUCCUACGUUGGAUUCGCAAUUGGAAAGAAUAUGAUGAAUUAAGGCAAGCGGUAAUGAAGUGGAAAACACGUGAAAAGACUAAUCAGUCUAAAUAUCUAGCUUUGAGACGUCAAAUGAUGGAGCUAUCGAAAGAUGUUAAUGAAAAAACUAAACCUCUUUGCACUGAGACUGCUCGUUCAUAG